AUGAAAUUCUAUCAUCAAAUACCAAAAUCAAAUGUAACAGCAAUUGUUCAGAAUUGCGAUCGUCUUUUUGUUGCAUAUUUCAUCGAAAAUUCUCUUGCAGAUGAUAUUAUAUCGAAAAGCCUUUUAGUCGAAUAUAAUAUUAAUAAUAAUAAUAUUAAUUCACCUCAAAGAGUUAUGAUUUGUGAUGGAAAUAUUCGUUGCUUUUGCCUUUCGAUUGAUAAGAAAAAUGCCAUUUUCGCGGGUUUGAACGAUGGUAGUUGUGUGGCAUUCGAUUUAACCGAAUCGGAUUCAUUGUUUAAAUCCACUUUACCUUGGCCAAAUAUGAAUGAUGAAGUAAAACUUCGAACAGCUGCUUAUGAUACGUCAUUUAAAGGAUUCCUUGAAUUCGAUGAGAAAUGUGAUGAUCAUCAAUGGCCCAUAAUUAGUAUUCAUGCAAUUGGAGAUGAUAGUGCCAGCUCUAUGAUAACAACUUGCAGUGAUAACACUUAUCAAGUAGUAACUAUUAAUGAAGUUGGUACAUUAAUAAUUUGGUCUAUAAUUCAAAGUGAACUAAAUAAUGACAAUGAUCUUGGCGUACGACCUGGUGCUAAACUAAAAAUGAGCCAAGCUGCUAUAUUACAUUUACAUCGGACCAUUGAGAAUCUCACGAUUUCUAAUCCACGACUGAAAGUGAGCGCAAUGGUUACGAAUCCUUCAGAUGCAUCACAAUUCUUAAUUGGUACAGAUAUUGGCCUCAUCGUAAACGUUUCAAGAAUUAGUACAUCAGUAAAUUAUGCUGGGCCUAGGAUUUAUAAAACCGACGACGUAACUUUUUCUACACCUUUGCAAAUAGCUGGUUUUUCAAAUGGUAACAUACUGCUUUAUAAAUUAGGUCAGUCAAAACCGAUUUCCACUUUUAUGUCUGCAAAAUACUCGAUGAAACCCGUCACACAUAUUGAUUUCUCCCCUUCCUUUACAACAGAGCCUGAGGGCGAAUUCUAA